CGGUACAAUGGCAAAACAAAAAGAAGCUGACAUUCCGAUUUCUUAAUAUUAUGGGAAUUUCAGGCAGCAGUUUUUCGUUGUUUAUCGGUUUCUGCUAACAUCUAGAAAAGUGGUUUUCAUCCCAUUGUUGCAAACGCCAACCGCCAAGUUCCAUUCUCGCCGUUCCGAUAGUUAGUGCAACUCGCAACAAUUGUGGCGACCAAGGCAAGUGCCGCAAAGGGAUCGUCCUCGUCGAUCCUACUCGUAGAAGGUCGCUGGUGUAAGGUGACGCGAUUGCAAGAUGUCGAUGGCUCAUGGAAACAACUAUGAUUACCAUCGAACUACGUUCGAUGGCGAACGAAAUGAGCGAUGCGCCUGUUGCGUGCGUACGAUGAAAUGGUUUCCGGUGCUGUUCAUCGUGUCUGUGAUCGGUUGGUCAUACUACGCGUUUGUGAUACAACUUUCGUUCUUUACCGUCACCAAUAUUGUUCAAAGGAUAUUGUUCCUGCUGUUCUACCAUGCCGUGCUGGUUAUGUUUCUGUGGUCCUACUACCAGACAGUAUUCACCGAUAUCGGUAGAGUUCCCUCCAGGUUUCGCGUUCCGAGAGCCGAGCUUGACCGAAUAGUGCGUGCGACGAAUGAAGAGGAACAGAAACAAAUACUGGAACUGUUCGCAAAGGAGCUCCCCGUUGUGACACGCACGUUAAAUGCAACCGUGCGUUUUUGCGACAAAUGUCGGCUCAUCAAACCGGAUCGGGCACAUCACUGUAGCGUGUGUGGGGUGUGUGUGCUCAAGCUAGAUCACCACUGUCCGUGGGUAAACAACUGUAUCAACUUCACGAACUACAAGUACUUCAUUCUAUUCCUUGGCUACGCACUGCUGUACUGUUUGUAUGUAGCAUGCAGUACCAUACCCUACAUGGAGUUGCUGUGGACGGGAAAGAUUGAUGGAAGAUUUCACAUUUUGUUCCUGUUUUUCGUUUCCAUCAUGUUUGCGAUCAGUUUGGUUAGCCUUUUCGGCUAUCACUGUUAUCUCGUGCUACUAAAUAGAACAACGUUAGAAUCAUUUCGUACGCCAAUUUUUCGAUACGGUGGACCGGAUAAGAAUGGGUUCAGCUUGGGAAAGUUAAGCAACUUUCAGGAGGUAUUUGGCGACGAUUGGCGAUUAUGGUUCGUUCCGGUAUAUACUAGCCUUGGGGAUGGAAUAUUGUUUCCCACCCAGUCGCACCAUUUAGCAUCGAAUUCACCGCAUGAAGUUGGGUCGCCAGUAGCGCCACUGACCGCCACCAUCGGCGGCAGUCAAAAUUGUAACGGUGCGGUUGCAAAUGGCACCGUCGGGGUGGAUCCUAUCCCUCAAACAAUCGUUCUAGAACACCUCGACGAAAGGAAGGAAGGCGGGGGGCACCGUCUCCAGGGUCAGCAACAGGCUGUGGUCAUGCCGCUCAACACAAACGGCUUGCCACUGCAGGAAACCAAAGAGAGCUUCGCAUCCUCCCAUCCCCUUUAGUAGUGUAGAGCCUAAGGUUGGCCGUUAGAGGAAACUGUAAAGAAGGGUUCUAAAAAGAAGAAGAAGAAGAAAACACAUUUAAAACCAACACAAACCCCGUCGUUAAAUUUUGCUCACUGGUGGGUCACACUCACACCUAAUUCGCAUUUUGCGCAUCGCCUUACUCUCUUGAAUGAUAAGCUGCUAAUGGGAUAUGUAAUCAAUGGACUUUUGUUCUUCGAUAGGAUUAGCCGUUAAGAACCUCAGUUUAUAGCUAUGUUAACAACUAAGUAUAUGUAUACUACCUUUCUAUUUGUUUACAAGUAACGAACGCAUCGCAGACUCGUGUGUGCGUGUGUGUGUGUGUGGAAGUUCUAGAUUUCGAAUGUUUCCAAACUUAAUGAAACUACAACGUAAGGUACAAACGACAAAGAAUCAGCAGAAGCAGAAUACAUUGAACUGUAGGAAGUGUAACUGCCCUUAAGUGUGCUAGUAAUAAUGAUUUUCCUUAUCUCUAUCUGAUUAAUAAGUUGAUGAUAAAGAUGAUGAGUUUGUUUCUAAGCAAAACGGAUCAUCCUAACUAACAAACUUCCUCCAAAAGUAUUUGAUAAAAAAACGGUAUUUUUUAAAGGACUGGAAAUAAACAUUACAAACCGAUCACAACAAGAUUAAUGAA